AUGUCCAAUGAAUAUCCAACGACGACGUCAUCAGAAAAUGACCCAGAAUCUCAAACGACGAUACAGACAACGACACAGACGAAAAUGCGAUUGCUCAGUGUGAAGGAACUUGCCAAAAGAUUCGAAUCAGGAGCACGAAUCGAGCACAAACCGGUCACUGCCAAACGAAUUGGCAAGUUUCGUGUGAUUGAAAAUAAUAAUCAUAUCCAACAAGGCCGUGUGGUCCGCGGAAGUGCGAUCCCGCGCCGAAAAAGUUCGUUGAAACGACGAACGCGUAGCAGCAGUGAGCUUGCCGUCCUCAGCACAUCUUCCGACUUUCGGAAGAGCAAAUCGACGGACGACUUCUCGCCGGGACCCAACACUUCUGCAUCGUUUCGAAUUGAACAACCGUGUAGUUCGAGAAGUACGGUAGUUGAGGAGAAUCUCGAGUCACCGAGACCAGCGCCAAGACAACGUGCUCUCCAAGCAACAAGCAUGAUUGUGGAAGGUUCGUCUUCAUCUUGCUCAAUUCAAGACUCCAAGCCAUUUUCUUCAAAUUCUCCCGAAGCUUCUUCUCUAGAAUCUUCUAGAAAAGACGCCACUCCGAUCUACGAGGAACGGUGUCGGGUGUCACUAACCAUCCCAAUUACUUCCGAGCCCUCACCAGUAUCUCCACCGCCUCCGAUCCCCAGCGCCCCGCCGUCUCAAGAACGAAUAAAGCGGAUUCCUAGCUAUCUGAAGCCAACACCAGCGCCAAGAUCAAUGAGCUCGUCAACACUGCCAAGGGCUCGACUGAAGACCCCGCCACCACCGCCACCGGUAGGGAUGCCAGGGCCCCAAGGAUCCACAGAGGGUCCUUUGAGGUCCCAGGAACCUACAGGAGAAUCCUUAAGAUUCCAAGGGUCCCAAGGGUCCCAAGAUCCUGCAGAGGAGUCUUUGAGGUUCAGAGGGUCCCAAGGAGGAUCCCACGACACCUAUCCAAACCCCCAACCUCUCCUGAAAUCUCAUUUCGGCACUCUCCCAGUCAACUUUAGGAAUCCAGUGAGAAAUUCAAUAACCUCAAACUUCCCCAGAAUCCCUAGCAUUCCGGUCCCGGACGUUCCCUUCACCGAAGCCCCAGAAGACGAUGGUUGCUAUGAAGAGAUCAUGCUUGUGACCCCUCACGAAUCCUCCACUUCCUAUAUUCCAACCCACAGGAAAUCUGCAGAAUUGGCGGAUUACUGUACCUAUGAAUCUACGGACUUCACAAAACCAGACGUCAUGGGUACAGUACCCAGGAACUUCUUAAGGGAUGAGGAAGUUUUCGAUGAGGCGGAAGAAGAGGAAGAAGUUCCGAAGGUCAAGGAGAGAUUCCUGUCUUCGACGCUUCAGAGGAAUCCAAAAAGUACGAAAAGAGUGAGCUCAAUGGAGUUGGAAAAGCUGUUCAGGUUCAAGAGUGAGCUACAGUUGAACUUGUCAAAAAAGGUUAGUUUUUUUUGGGAAUAUUUUUUGAUAAUUAAAAAAGUUGGCCAAUUACGCCAAAAAGUCGGCGACAAAUCAGCGAAACGACGCUCAAAGUGCCACGUCAGUGUGGAUCUUCUGGAUACGGAUUUUACGGCUACAAUGUCCAAGUCUUCGUGUGUGGAUAAACCUUUCCAAGAUGAUGACCAUAUCUAUGGGGAUGAUUGGAGCAGUGAUGAUGAUGAUAUUUUUCAUGAUGACCGCCGCUCUUCCAUGUACCGCCAAUUAGAGGAGCAACUGAACAAAGCAUUCCCAGAGUAUCAGAGUAGAUCACAAAUCUCUUCCGACUACGAAUCCGCCGAUCUUCUCCUAGACCCAGUCGUGUCCGCUCGUCCCGCAUCGUCUUCAAUAAUGGCAGAGUCAGAAAAAUCAUUUCUGGCUCGUCCGGCAGUCGGCCAUCUACCGCUGGAUGAUUCAUGGACGCCAACAUCCGAUGAACCAUCGCCCGGCGAGGAGGAAUACAAACGACAGUAUACUUGUCGAAUGGUGCCGAAUGAGCAACCGUUGUACCAGCAUUAUAUGAUGGAAGCUGUCGUUGUUGGGGAGACUGCUGAAGAUCCGAAGACGUCGACGAUGGAAGAAAUCAAAGAGGAGAUUCCAGUGGAAGUGGUGAUGCCCGUUCAGGAAGUGGUCGCGUUGAAGCCAGCGACCCGCCGCGAAUCGUCCAUCUCAUCAGACUCUGGUCGAGGCGCCGACUGCUCUACAACCUCAGCCUCCGCCCUCACAUCGAAUACAUCCAUGAGACGUGAUCGUUUGGUGGGAACUUCAAAUUUCGGAUCACAAAGAAGUCUUUGGUGUGAGCUUCCCGAAGUUCGAGCCGCCGGACUUUUAGAGAAGCUCGAUGAUGUUUGCAAACUAAGACAGGAGGCCUAUUUCGAAGUUAUCACAUCGGAAGCGAGCUAUUUGAGAUCUUUGAAUGUGCUUAUCACUCACUUCAUGGCGAGUCCACAGAUGUUGGGAUCCAAAUCUGCGUUAUCAGUGUUAUCAGACUCUGAUAGAAAGCAUCUGUUCAGUAAUAUCUUCGCAGUCAGAGAUUGUUCGGAGAGACUACUGUGCGACUUGGAGACUCGUCUAGAAGAGAAUCUGAUUCUCGACGACAUCUGUGACAUUCUCUCUGAGCACUUCGAGAAGCAUUUCGAGGUGUACAUCAAGUACUGUUCCAAUCAAGUCUACCAAGAUCGAACCCUAAGACGCUUGAAAUCUGAAAAUCCCGGAUUCCUAUCAGCCGUUCAACGAUUAGAGGAGAACAAACAGUGUCAGGGUCUCGAUAUGAGAAGUUUCUUGAUGCUUCCGAUGCAAAGAAUCACAAGGUAUCCACUGCUUCUGUACGCUAUCUUGGAUAGAAUCCCAACUACUGAUGAUCGUUACAAAACUGCUACUGAAGCAUUGGCAAGUUCCAAUCGAGUGGUUAGAGAUUGUAAUGAAGGAGCGAGGAGGAUGGAAAGGACUGAACAGUUGUUGGAUAUCGAUCGACGAUUGAUCUACAAAGAUGCGGAUCUUAAGAGGAUCCCAUUGGUGUCCAAUAGUCGGUACCUGGUCAAGAAGGGAGUUUUGACUCAGCUAGUGGAGCGAAGAUCCUCAAACAUCCUCCAAAGUCGGCAAAAAGCACGAACCCUUCACGUCUUCCUGUUCUCCGAUAUGAUCAUGAUCACAAAGAAGAAGCUGAAUGGGACAUUCGUGUGUAAGGACUACGCGGCGAGGCGGUUCGUUGAUAUGCAACCGAUUGAGCCGGAUAAUCCGAAAAUUCCAUUGGGUGCUGUUAGCAAUCUAGUUGGAAGACCCCAUUUGUUCUUGUGUACGUUGAUGAGGAAUGCCAGGGAGAAGCAGACGGAGCUCUUGUUAUCAGCUGAUAGUGAGACGGAUCGGGAAAGAUGGCUGAGUGCGGUGAGGCCGCCGACGUCUACUAACCCGGAAGAGAAAAUCUACGCCGAAUGGGACUGUCCACAAGCGAUCGUCGUCCAUCCCUACCAACCAUCUCAAGCUGAUGAGCUCGUUUUGAAUAUUGGCGAUUCGCUGAACAUUUUGCGAAAGAUGCCUGAUGGAUGGCUGUUCGGAGAAAGAGCCGCCGGUGACAGCAUGGGCGGAUGGUUUCCGUCAUCGUACGUCCAACCGAUUAUCAACGAUCACACACGAGCAAAUAACUAUCGACAGCGGCUACGUAUCAUACAGGCAGCGGCGGGUUGGCACGGAAACGCUUCUCCUUCGACAACUCGGAGUGGGGGGAUGCCCCUGAUGGAUCGUCUACGGAGAAUGUCGAAUCCAAAGACAUAUUUUCAGUCCGGCACUGUUGGCAUUUAA